AUGAGAUUAAGGUUAAUCAUAAUAGCAUUUAUCUCUGAUUUUCAUAGCAUUUUUGCAACAAUAUUUACUGAAUUCAUCAACCUAGAUAUAUUACAUUCAUCAUCAUCUCAACAAACCCCACCAAAAUUCAAAAAAGAACAGCCAAAAACUUACUCAAUUGAAUCACUUGAUAAAUUAGUAUCACAACAUUCAGACCUAUUAAAAAACAAACAAAAUGUAUUUUUUCUAAAAUCAACAAAUAGUUCAUUACAAUAUGACAAGAAAGAAAAAAAUUGGAUAGAAUUUAUUAAAGUAGAUGCUCAAUAUGUACCAACAUUACACAAUAUGAAUUGGAUUCCUAUAACAUCAUGUCUAGAAUCCAUUCAUGGAAGUGGUGGUUAUUUAAGUAGAUUCACAAUCUUAUAUUUAGAUACAACAAUAGAAAACUAUUUAGAUUUAUCAAUUGGAAUACCUACAUAUUUUGCAUCAGGUAUAAGUUUAGCAAUUGGAGUAAGAGUAGGUUAUGGUAAGUUAUUAACUUUAUUAUUCAGUUGUUCAAUAAAUCCAGGAGAAAUUGGUCAAUUAUUUAUUAAACCUAAAUAUAUAAUUACACCGAAUUUGAAAACCGUAUUGUGGAAAUUUAAAAAUAAAAAAAUGAAUUCUUUGAAAAUAAGAUUUAUAAAGCCGUUUAAGAUGCUUGUUUUGGAGACUCCAGAGCAUCAAUGUUGGGUUAGUCGUGAUAUUGAAGAUUUACAAUGUUCUAAGAUCAUUGGUGAUAAAAUCGACAUAAAUUUAUAA